GUUGACUGUGGUUCAUAGGGCAACAAACCGCAGCGUACGCCGCCGGGGACAUCAAUGGUGGAGUACGCGUCUAUUCAGGGAAAGGUCUGAGAGGGACCACUACUGGGGCUUACAUGGAGAGCUGAAAGUGAAUAUGAGGCUAACGUCCUUAAUUAUGUACAUAUCUCCGGCUCUGCUAUUUAUUUUGUAUGUAUAUAUUGGAUUUUGUGAAGCUGCACCUCGCAUCAGUCCCUACGAUGCGUCGCCUAUCUCCAGGAAGCCCGGCUCAGCCUCCGACACCUGGGAGACCUUCUUCACCGACAUGCCUCGUUCUGUACCCGAGAGCAGCCUGGCACUCGGGCCUCUAGCCGGCCUCAACCCGCAGCCUGCUAUUGUUUCUGCCGGCCCGACCACCAUAACCAGUUCUAUUUCGAAAACGCUAAACACCUUUCAGCCUCCAACAGCGGACCAGACCACCACUCCUUCUACUGCCGCCCCUGAUACUGGAAUAAUCAUAGCCACAAAAGAACAUUUAACUGCGCCGAUUUCCCGAUUAAACGGCGCAGGCAAAAGAUCCACCGAUGCACAAGCCUCACUUUUCUCUCCGGAGAAAAGGCUGCAGACCAUGGUGUCCAUGGUUUCCCAGCGCACAGCCAACGAUGCCUGGGCAGCAGAUAAUAUUGGCACAUCUGUUACCUCAAUAGAGAAUAGUCAAGAGAGUGUGUGUAACUGCAGCAGUGGUGCUGAGGGGGUUCGGGAUCCGGACGACUGUGAUCACAACACGGGUCAGUGUUCAUGCCUGUCGGGCUACACUGGUCUGCAGUGUGAGGACUGUGAGGAGGGGCACUACACCAACGGCACCAGCGGCUGCAUGCCCUGCGCCUGCGACUCCUCCGGGGCCGUGAACAGCCUCUGUGACAGGUACGCUCCCUCCUUUCACCUCUGGUAG